AUGACUUUGGCAAAACAGGCAUGCGACUGCUGUCGUGUUCGUCGAGUAAAGUGUGGCGGUGAUAAACCAUGUAAUCGUUGUCUUCAACACGAUUUGAAAUGUACCUAUCUACAACCCUUGAAAAAGAGGGGGCCCAAAAAUAUCAGUUCAAGAAGCUUAAAGAAAAUUGCUGAAACGCAAACGUUCAGUGACAAUGACAGUUGUAUGACUGCUCUGGAAACAUCUCUGAAACUUCCAAAAAGAUUUAUCGAUAAAUGUCUAAGGCUUUAUCAUGACAAACUAUAUGUAAUCUGGCCUCUGCUCUCCUACGGUGAUCUCCACAAACUUCUAGAGGAAAACUACGAUGAUAACUACGUAUAUUGGUUUCUGGUAGCUCUGUCGGCGGCCACUCUAAGUGAUUUGCAAACUGAGAUAAAUCUUGAAGAUGGCAUUUCUUUUAGUGGAAGACAGUUGGCGUUUUUAUGUAUAUCAUCACGCCAUCAGUUUGACGAUCUCGAUAACAGCGAUCUGUUCAAAAUUAUGACAUACUACUGUAUGCAUCGGUGCUUCUCACAGUUUUCUGAUACAAAGACCUCAUACAGACUUUCUUGUGCAGCAAUUGGCCUCAUCAAGGUCACCGGACUACAUCGAGAAAAAUUAUAUGAGUCUUUUUCAUUUGAAGAGCAGCAGCUUAGAAGGAAGGUUUAUUAUUUGCUUCUCUUGACGGAAAGAUACUACGCUGUAUACAUUUAUUGUCCAACAAGUCUGGACGCUACAAUAUCCCCGCCACAACCUGAGAUUGUGACGGACCCGCGGCUUUCUCUAGACAGUUUUCUGGAGAUGAUUAGAGUCUUCACUGUACCAGGAAAAUGUUUCUUUGAUGCUCUGGCUACAGAUUCCUCAGAUGCUUCUUGCACUGAAGAUUCCUUGAAAAGAAUAUGGAAGGAACUUCACACAACAUCGUUAGAGAUAGAACCAUGGUCCUAUGGCUAUGUUGACAUCUCAUUCUCACGACAUUGGAUCAGAAUACUGGCUUGGAAGCUAGUUUUUCGAACAAAAAGUAUUAAUUCCUUAUCUGCCUCAAGCAAUGCACAAAUACCGGUUGAGAUUGCAAGGGAUAUGCUAGACGAUGUGUUCUUAACUCCAGCCAAUCUUUAUGGAGUUCAUGGCCCUGGUAUACCAGCAAAGGCACUAGAAGUAGCCAACGCAUUAGUAGAUGUUGUUAAUCAGUAUGAUCAAAAUACAGAAUCAGAAGCUUGGAAAGUAUUGUGCGAGAUAUCAAAAUUCGUUUUUUCUCUAAAGCACUACGACGGGAAACUAGUCGAAAGUUUUGUAACUAAAUGCCAAAGUGCUCUUAUCACUCUUCCAAUCGCUAAACCCCUGAAAUCGGGUGAACGAUUUGCUUAA